AUGCUUCGACGGGCUUACAUCCAGCGCCGAUACCCAUUUAACAAACGGGGGCCCCGUGAGCACAAAUCAUGGAAACACCACGUUUUAACGGAGCCCCCGAAGCCGCUGCAGUGGCGUGACCCUAAGGUUUGGACGAGGGAUUUAAGUGUAAUGAAGUCUUUUGAUGCUCCCCAAUGGGAUCUUUGGCAAUCUCGGCCGCGAUCCGAGGAUAUGGAUGAGGCGUUGCAGCCGUUCAUGGACAUGCCAAAAUCGCUUAAAGACCGGCGAUACGACAUCCCCUGGUGGGCAAAUCCGUUUGGUGCAUGGUAUCUUCAGAACAUUCUUUCUCUCGAGCUGUUAAAACUAAAGAGCAAAACGAAUGCGGAGAAGAUAGCAACGUAUAGAAGUUAUAUGCGCUCACUAGCUUCCGGAAAAGAUAAUACAAUGUCUGAUGACGACGUUAUUCGUAACAUCAUCAAAGAACGGUGGAAGACGCUUGAGUUCGGUGACCGCAACGCAGGUUAUCCCUGUACAUUUGGUGAUUACAUCCAGUUCCUCAACGAAUGGUUUAAGUCCCUUGACGAAGAAGGAAUGCAGCGUUUACGAGAGCACUUUGACAGGCGAAUCCGCCCUUUGUUAGCGGUUAUGUCCCCGGUCGACAUUCUUUGGCUGGAAGCUUUGACCCAGAAUUCACCACACAACAAAGAGCAGUUACAGCGGAAAAUAGCGUUCCAAACAAGUUUGGGUACGCCUGAAUUCUUUGAUAUGUCCAAGCGACUUCGUUACGAAAUAAAUGAGGAUUAUAAGGUUCGUGAUGAGUUGGGCCCAGAACUCUUUGCUCUCUGGAGCAAGGCGCCUGAGAGGUGGCCACCCGAGCGGUUGUCGAAGAUGUAUGGACUAGAUUUUACUCUGGUCCGCAAAAUUCUUGUGUGGCACCACUUCAAGGCUUGCUAUGACGCCUGCGUGGAACCUGACUGGUCCCUGCCGAAAAGACUCUUCGCGUUGGAGUGGAUACGGGACGUCCGUGCGCGUAAGCAUGGACUCUUCUAUGGGAAAAUGCGAUUUGCAGAGCAAAAGAUUACGUUCUAUAGUGAUAGGUUCCUCUUUCGGGAUCUUGUGAACCGACGCGAGGCGAGUUAUGCGAAUGUGUGGGAAAUGGAUGAUCCUUACCGUUUUUUGCAAACGGAGCAAGAUUACGAAGAUUACUGGGGAGACAAUUACGACGUGUACCGUCGUAUGUUUCCCGAGAUGAUUGGAAGGACGGGAGAGCCGGUACAACAGUACGGGCAAAUGCCUAUUUGGGCAGGCCCCCAUCGCCAGCACGCCAACAAGUCCGAGCAUAACUGGAUGUUCGCUGAAAUUGGUGUCAACGUGGGCCAUGAAGCUUUAAAGAAACUGGAGCUCGAUCCGACGAAUGAAAAGAGGAGGCGCUUUGUUAUUCGGCAGCCUGACGGCACACUUCGGUCGGCAAAAAUGUCUGAGAUGAGAGCGUGGUACUGGAAGGAGGAGUGGGCGGAUUUCCGCUUCUGGGCACCUCAAAUGGAAUGGGGCAUAGAGAAUACCCCUUCUCAGGAACAGUAUCAGGAACAUGUUCCCGACACCACAGACGCGGAUUUCCGGAAGCAGCGCCGCAUUCAGUCUCGCCCUGUGAAAUGGUUUUACGAAAGUCAUUACACCCGCACCGGGAGUUUCGCUGGUUUUCAGCCCCUACGCUUCAUGCAACGACGAACCGAACGUGAGGUCCGCUGGCCCGAUGUAAUCAAUGCGGCGGUACAGAUUCAGAAGCGGAAACCUGCCGCUUACAUUUUCAAGGCGAUUCCCGAGUUGUGA